CAGCUGAGACUGUUUUGACUCCGGGGGAGCUGAGCAACUCUAUCACAUUUCACAUGGAUAAGGUGAAGCCUAGGCAUUGUUAUUAAAUCAAUAUGACCCUUUAUAGUGUCUAGCUGCUCUGAGAUAGUGGAGGAGAUGCUGGAAUUACCUCUGCUACACCCAUUGACCACUGGGUCAGUGGCCACCACCUUAGACACCCUGGAAGACAGCACCACUACCACCACCACCACUGCCCCUCCAGUCAGCAGCGACCUUCCUCACAUGCCUCCUUCGCCUGAAGAGGAGGACGACGAGGAGGAAGCAGAGCAGGAGGUGGUAGAUUUGGAGUCGUAUCAGCCGUGUGUGGUGGAUUUGACACAUGAGGAUGAGGAUGAUGUGAACGUCGUAGCUGUGGUGCCUCGGGAACAGUCCAUAAUAUACUUGGGGACUGAGCAAAGAAGAAGCCACAGGAGAAGAAAUGUUAGCAACACUGCAGCCGCACCAGCCGUGGAGGAUCUCACACGCCCAGACCAGCAGCAGCAUAGCAUAUUUGAGAGUGGUGGUGGUGGUGGCGGUGGUGGCAGCACCAGAGAAGAGGAAGGCAUUGUGUUGGGAGGAGAAAGACAGAACAAUUGGUUAAUGGAUCCAUCCUCAAUAGACUUCCAAAACCCCAAUCUUGUCUUUGGUAAUCUCUUUGACGAUUACCCACUGGAAGGAGGAGAUACCCACAUUCCCCGUCGACUCAACCCACUCAGGGAAUUCCGUCCUUCCCACAGACGUCAAGGAAGCAGAUCCAGAUCACCUCAGAUCUCCGACUAUUCUCGUGAGGUGACACGCACCCCAGAGAUAGUCCAAGAUGUACAUGAGAUGCAGUCUGAGGUGGAGGGCAGGAGGUCUCCCUCACACCACAACAUAACUCAGGUGUCCCUUGUACACAAUGCAGUACAGUUUGUGGCUCAGGAGCACAGCCAGAAAGUAGCACAAAUCACCGCCCCACUGCCCCCACCCAGUCCCCCAUCCAGAGAGCAGCCCAUUGUAUCCUGCCUGGUGUGUCUGGACUCAGCAGGCACCAUCAAAGAAACUUCCCGUACCUUAUGCUCAACUGUGUGUGGUCAUGUGUUCUGUUCAACCUGUCUGGAGGAAGCAGUGAAGCGGAAAAAACAGUGUCCAGUCUGUCGGAAAAAACUAACAAAGAAACAAUAUCAUCCACUCUUCAUAUAAAGGCCUCUACUUUUACCUCCUGUGCAGUACUGAUGUAAGUUCAUGUUUUAGUGUAUAUAGUGACACAUAGGAUAUUGUCUGUGGAUUAAAAAAGAGACUCUUGGCUCGUGAAAACAACAGGGAUACAAGGUGACUAAUUAUCAACAGCUCCUCAUCCCACAAGACUUAGCCUUGACAUUUCUCACUGGAGGGUGGUUGCCUGCCAUUCUUGGUAAUGUGUGUCAUUUCUACCAUACAUAGUAUAGAUCCAUUUACUUACUAAACUAAGUGGCUUGUAAGAUAGCAUAUGGUACAGAAAACAUGUGCACAAAUUUCAAAUAUUACAGAUGUUGACUCAACUUAACAGUUUUUGCUUUAAAGAAAAAAAAAGAUAUUUUGGAUACACUACCAGAACUUGGAUGCAUUAAGAAACUCUAAUGUGGUGUUUCAUUUAGUAAAACUAUUAGUUGAAGUGGCACUUAUCAAAAUUGCCUUUGGAGCAGCACUUAUAAUUUGGCCUGGGUGAUCACAAAUCAGUCAGCACCAACAACCAUUACUACUGCAAGUUUUAAAGCCUUCCCUUAAAAAGUGCGUGGAAGAAGACAGCUAAUAAAAAUUUAUUUUUCUCUUUUAGAUCAUAGAUCAUGUAAUUUUAAUACUUUAUUGGGAAAAAAUAAAUUUGUUCCUUUCCAAGUUGGA